ACACGAGUAAAAUAAUGGUCCCCUCCCCUCCCCUCCCCGGUGGGCGGGGUCUCUGAGCUCUACAUCAUCGUACCCUCAAAUCUGCAGUUUCACAAAGAGAAGAAGGAAAACGCGUCCGCUCGCCGCCGCUUCAUGUGUGACCAUAGAUCCUGUCGCCACCAGUCAGAAAGCAGCGUGGUUCACAGGACAGGAAGUUACACAAUCAGGCUUCAUGGAGAUAAAGCUGAGUGAAGCAAUGACAGAACAGAGGAAAUUUUCCAACAGAUGACACAGUCCAAAUAUGCUGACAUAGCAGGCUGAACGGUUGAUUGACAGCUCAACAACACGUCCUUCCUCCUGCCGCCAUCCACUCAUCGUCCGUCCAGCCAUGUUGGUGAGAAGAAAGCUGUGCGUUGCCGCGGUGAUCGCUGCCAUCCUCAUGCUCGCCAGUCAGAGCAUCCAGAGGAGACAUUUCCCGCCUCUGUCACUAGUCACGCCCAUCAUCUGGGCCACGCCCAGCGGCAGGGAGACAGUAGUUGAACCCACUGCGCCUCCUGCUGAUCUGAACCCUGACCCUCCCAGCACCCCCCAGCCUGAAGCCAAGGAGGAGCCUUUAGUAACCUCCAAGUCUGUCCUGAGGCCGUGUGGUUGUCCUGUGUCCUGUAUUUCAGACCUGGGUGGGUCAGACUGGUUCAGCCAACGCUAUGACCCCAAACAGCAGCCCGUCCUCCAAGCCACUAACAACAACUUUGACCCUGAUGCACUCAGAUGGUGGCUGGGUCUUCAGCGGUCCAGUAACGACCAGACUCUAGAAGAAGUGAUGUCAAAGAUGUUCCAGGUCAUUUCCCCGCCCACUGUGGACUUCAGGCCCCUCCCCUCCCGUUGCCGUAGUUGCGCGGUGGUCGGCAACUCUGGCAACCUACAACGGUCAGGGUAUGGCAACCUGAUCAACUCCCACGACUCCGUAAUCCGGAUGAACAAGGCGGUGACUCGAGGAUUUGAGAAAGAUGUUGGGAAUCGGACUACGCAUCACUUCCUGUACCCGGAGAGCGCGGUGGACGUUGAUCGAGGCGUCAGCCUUGUCCUGCUGCCGUUCAAACUGAGAGACCUGGAGUGGCUGACCAGCGCGCUGUCCACCGGCAAAGUCAAAAUGACCUACAUGAGGGUUAAAGAAAGAGUGGAGGCUGAUAAAGACAAGGUUCUGGUGGUGAACCCGGUGUUCUUUAAGUAUGUUUAUGAUCGUUGGACUGAGCAUCAGGGUCGCUACCCGUCCACCGGCAUGCUUGCCAUCAUCUUCGCUCUGCACACCUGUGACCAGGUGUCGGUCUUCGGUUAUGGCGCCAACCAGCAGGGAAACUGGCAUCACUACUGGGAGGAGAAUCGCUAUGCUGGAGCCUUCAGGAAGACCGGCGUCCACAGUGCCGACUUUGAAACGAAGAUCAUCCACCAGCUCGCCAAGGAGCACAAGAUCAGUCUGCACCUGUGACACGACCUCUGACCUACAAACAUACCUACAGACUUACAGACCUGACUUACAGACCUGCUGACUGACCAGCAGGUCAUCAACCACUUAAUUGUUGAGACCAAGAACCAGCUGCAUCUCAUCUGGUUUUCGGCUGAGUCUGGUUGAUUGUGUCCUUUGGCACUGAAAAACCAAAUUUGAGCCAACUCUGGGACC